AUGGGUAGAUGGAACUCCACCAGUGUGCUUGGCUUCAUCCUCAUGGGGCUGACAGACUCUGCAGAGACACAGCUGGUCCUCUCCAUGCUCUUUCUCCUGAUUUACCUGAUCACGGUGCUGGGGAAUGUGGGGAUGAUACUGAUCAUUCGCCUGGAUCCUCAGCUUCACACCACCAUGUAUUUUUUUCUCACUCACCUGUCAUUUCUCGACCUCAGUUACUCAAGUGUCUUCACCCCUAAAGCCUUACAGAGCUUACUGACUUCUAACAAGAGCAUCUCCUUCCUGGGCUGCUUCAUCCAGAUGUUCUUUCUUAUAGUGUUUGGUGCUGCUGAAUGUUUCCUUCUCUCUUCAAUGGCUUAUGAUCGCUAUGUAGCUAUCUGCAGCCCCCUGCACUAUCCAGUCAUUAUGUCCACAAGACUGUGUCAUUCUCUAGUUGCUGGCUCCUAUAUUAUUGCCUUUAUGGAUUCUACUGUGAAUGCAGUUUUCAUUAGCCAACUGCACUUCUGCAAGUCUAAUGUCAUCCAGCACUUCUUCUGUGACACAUCCCCUAUUUUAGCCCUGUCUUGCAGUGACACAUUUGAGAUUGAAAUCAUUAUAUUCAUUACUGCUGGCUCUACUAUAGUGCUGUCCCUCAUCACUUUAUCUGGAUCCUAUGUGUCUAUUCUGUCUAUUAUCCUGAAAAUUAAUUCCAUUGCAGGAAAGAAAAAAGCCUUCUCCACCUGUGCCUCCCAUCUCCUGGGAGUCACCAUCUUCUACAGCACUACAAUUUUUGCUUACCUAAAACCUAAGUCAUCCUACUCCUUGGGAAGGGAUCAGGUGGCUUCUGUGUUUUACACGAUUGUGAUCCCCAUGCUGAACCCUCUCAUUUACAGUCUCAGAAACAAAGAGGUGAAAGGUGCUGCUGUCAGAGUCCUGAAGAAGAGAGAGGGCUCUGGACAAUUAAAAUCACAGUGA